AUGGAAGAGCCGUCGAUACAAGUAUAUGCUGAUAAACUAUACUCAGUGGAAAAUAUGGCAACCUAUGACUAUGAUAGCUUUGACUUCUGCCAAGAUGCUUUGAAGAAAUCACCCUCGGAAAAUCUUGGAAAAAUCAUAUCUGGAGAACAAACAAUGUCAUGUCCUUACAAGUUUUCUUUUAACAAAGAAGAAACAUGUAGAAAAGUUUGUGUAAAAUCUUAUGCUCCAGAAGAUGAAGAUCAAAUGAGGAGGUUGGCGUUUCUGAAGGGAGGAAUAAAACAGAAUUACUAUCAUCGCUGGGUUAUUGAUAGCACCAGAGUGAUAUGGUGUUAUGACAAAGAAGACAAAAGCCCCUAUUGCACAUUAGGAUUUCCAAUAGGAUGCUUCAAAGACCCAAAUAGCCAACUGAAAAUUCCUUGCCUGAAUAAUUCUGAAUUCAAAAACAAUAGCUUGUACCUGUUCAACCAUGUUGACAUUACUAUUACAUAUCACAUGGAGAGUGACACAACCGGGAAUGUUGCAAAAUUGAUUAGUUCCAGAGUUGAACCCAAAAGCUAUAAACACACAGAUGAAAAUCACCUAACUUGCAAUGAACCCCCUUUGGAAAUUCCUGAAGAUGAAGAUUAUUUCAGUGUGAUCUACACAUAUUCUGUGAAGUUUGAGGAAAGCAAAACUGUUAAGUGGUCUUCCGAAUGGGAUCAUGAUAUAGAGUCUGCAACUGAGGUCAACAUUCUUUGGAUUAGACUUGUAAACUCUUUCUUUGUGGUACUUACCUUGUGUGGACUGGUGAUUAUCGUCAUUUUAAAGAGUAUCUGUAGAGAUAUUAUCAAAUGUAAUCGUAUAAAACCCCCUAUGUAUAACUGGAGGCGGUUUGGAUGGAGAAUGAUUCAUGGGAGUAUAUUCAGACUCCCGAAAUAUGGAAUGUUGCUGUCAGUCUUUCUUGGCCAAGGAACACAAGUUUUCAUUAUGGCAUUUUUUUCUUUAUUUUUGGCUGGCCUUGGUUUUCUUACCCCUGCUGAUCGAAGGGCUUUAGUGAACUAUGGUAUUGUGCUAUGGUUCUUACUGGAAAUUCCCGCUGGAUAUGUGUCUGCCAAAAUGUACAAGACAUUUAGGGGUGGAAAGUGGAAGACUCAUUUUUUGCUGACAACGUUGCUGUUUCCUGGAAUUGUCUUCACGGAUAUCUUUAUUAUGAAUCUAAGUCUUUGGAUGGAAGGUUCAUCAUGUGCCAUAUCCUUUGAUUCAUUAGCAACCAUUUUUACACUUUGCUUUGGAGUUUCAACACCAUUAACAUUUUUGGGAGUGUUCUUUGGGAAAAGGGACAAGUUUCAGUUUCCGGUUCGUGCAUACCAGACUCGUCGUGUGAGGACUCAAAGGAGAUUCUUUACAAAACCAACCAUUACCAUUAUACUUGGCAGUCUUUUACCAUUUGGCUGUAUGUUUUUACAACUUUCUUACAUUCUAAACCGUAUUUGGUCUCCUCAUAUGUAUUACCUGUUUGCCUUUCUUUUCCUGAUUUUCUUAAUUCUUAUGAUUUCCUGUUCUGAGGUUACGGUUCUGCUGUGCUAUUUUCGACUGUCUGUUGAGGAUUAUGGUUGGUGGUGGAGAGCUUUUCUGACAAGCAGUUUUACGUCUACUUACAUUCUGAUGUAUGCAAUUCAUUACUUCUUUACCAAACUUCAUGUCAUUGACAUCGGAAGUAUCUUUGUGUACUUUGGAUACACAUUGAUCCUAGUGCUGGUUUUCUUCCUUUUCACCGGAACUAUCGGAUUUUUUUCAUGCUUCUCCUUCAUUACUGCUGUGUACGGUGUGAUGAAAGUGCGUUAAUGAGUUUCCCCCUCUGUUUCAAAGCAUGUAAUCCUUGUAUCUAUGCAAACAUCUGUUGAGAUACAUAUCUAUGCAUGCUCUAAGUUACAUCCAGUUAAAAUG